CUGUCACACACACGGACGCACACGGACGCACACGAGUCCAGGGACACUGUGCGACACGCAGGCGGGCGGCUCGAUCCAAGUCUUGGCCGUCGACAGCGCGCCGCCUAACGGAUUAUCUCCCGCGCGCUCCGCGGCCUCUGCGCGUGCGGAUCACGCGGACGCGCAUCUCCGACGCGCUGCGGCUGCUGCAACCAAACGGAUGACCUUGUGGUGGUUAGAGAUGGGAGAGGGUUUGGGGCCACUCUCCCCUGUAGGAUGGUAGCCGACAGCACAGUGGAAGGCCAUGACAAGACCCACUUGUCCAGCUCAGCGUCGUCGUCGUCAUCAUUCUCCUCCUCCUCCUUCUCCUCAUCCUCAUCCUUGUCUUCAUCAUCACCACUGCAAGCAGAGUUGGAGCAGCUUCAGCAUCGGGCCGCUCCAGAGCCAAGCCCGAGAAUAGUGCCCGUCCCCUCUGUGUACCUGACUCACUUCCCCACCUUCUCCUGCAAGGAGGACUGCAAGAUCAUCACAGACACCGCGGCCAAGCUUGAGCGCUGCGGCUUCUACUGGGGCCCCCUGGGAGUGGAGGACGCACACCGCAUGCUGCGGGACGCUCCGCUGGGCAGCUUCCUCAUCCGAGACAGUCGUCAGAAAGACGUCUUCUUCACACUGUCCUACCACGCCAAGAGCGGGCCGGUCAGCGUUCGCAUCGACUACAAGCAGCAGAAGUUCUCACUGGCAGGAAACGAGCGCUCCUUCCCGACGCUCUUCGCCCUGUUGGAGCAUUACAUCAACUCCCCCAAAAAGAGCCUGAGCGCCCCUUACAGGAAAUGGGAGCCAACGCUGCAGGAACUGUGCAGGAAGCGCAUCAUGGAUCUGUGCAACGGAGCAAGCCUGGUGCCACAGCUGCCUGUCACCCACGUUGUCCAAAACUUCCUGUUGGAAUUCCCUUACAAACUAUGAGCAGCUCGCCAUGUAAAGUUUUAACGCUGUUGUUUUUAAUUUCAAGGAGGCCGUUUCUACCAAGUCCUAGUAAACUGGAGGGGCUGGUGAAGCCCAUCCACCGCGGGUCGAAGGUUAAAUUGGCAUUUCCACGGUUAAAUA